AUCCGGAUCCAGCGGGGCGGCCGUGACUGGACCUGGGGCCGAGGCAGGGCUUUGCCAGCCCCUCCGCGGGCGCCGGGAGGCAGUUGGGGGAGGGGGCGGGGCUGAUCCAGCCCCUUCAUGUUCACCUCCGAACCCGCUAGGGGAGAAGCAACUCUCGGGAGCCUGGUCAGGGGGCAGCGGAGGUGCCCGCGCCCCCAUGCCAUGGAAGGAGCCCCGAUCUCGGGCCCUGAGGAAAUGCCAGCCCGCUCUCCCAUCCCCCACCUGAUGACCGGCCCCCCCUCCAGGGCCCCUUAUUCCCCAGUAACCCCCCCAGCAGUAACCCCCAACUCAGCCAGUGCAGCUUCGGAGUGGAAGGAAGCCAAAGAUUACGUCAGAGGGGGCGGGGCUUUCCCCGGCCAGUCCAAGGCCCUUCCCACCCCGAGGCACCCGGUUCCCCCCUGAGGCCAGGGAAGGCCUGGGAGCCCCCCUGAGCCCUCCCCCCAGGCGCCCACAGAGGAAGUCUAUCCCCUCGGGGUUGCCACCCCCUGAAGUACCCCAGGGUGGCCCCGCAGAGAGCCCGCAGCCAGAGGAAUGGCCCCCGGGACCCCGAGGCCCCCCUCCCAGGGAUCAGUAACAUUCCAGGAUGUGACUAUGGACUUCACACAGGAGGAGUGGCGCCUGUUGGAUCAUUCUCAGAAAGAGCUGUACAGGGAGGUCAUGCUGGAGAAUGUGCAAAAUCUUCUCUCUGUGGGGCUUCCAGUUCCUAGAGAAAAUUUUAUCUCCUGUUUUCAGCAAGGGAAAGCACCAUGGCUACUAGAGCAAAAAGGCCCAAGAAGCUUCUGUCCAGAGGCUGAGACUACUUUUGAAGUGAAGGAGAUAACUACAAAGCUUAGCCUUUUUGUGGAAGGAUGUGGCCCUCAGAGAUGCAUGAAUGGGAGUCCUCAUUACUUCAUUUUGGGAAAAAUCAUUGACUCUAAUAUCAAUAUUAAAAAAAAUUUAAAGAAUGACUGUGAAAUUGAUGAAACUGCAGAUAAAUUCACCCAAUAUUCAGUCUUAAAUCAGUAUAUGAAAUUGACCUCAGGAAAUGACUGUUGUCAGGAUAGUGAAUAUAGCAAAUGCUUUCCUGAUGAAAUAGGACUUAUUCAGUCACCCAAAACACCUCCUAAAAGGCCUACGUAUCAAGGUAAGCUAGGGAGAAUGGCUUUGGGCUGGAGUUUAGACCUCAUUAGACAUCCAAAAAGUAAACCUGUAGACAUGGUUUCUGUGAAUAAUAAAGGUGGCAAAACUAGUCAGAACUCUGACCUUGCUGCACAUCAAAUAAUGCACUGUGGAAAGAAACUUUAUGACUGCAAACAUUGUGGAAAGGGUUUCACAGUGAGGGGAAGUCUUUCUAGACAUCAGACAGUCCACACUGGAGAGAAACCUUAUGAAUGUAAAAAGUGUGGGAAGACUUUCACACAGAGGAGCCAUCUUGCUAAACAUCAGAGAAUCCACAGUGGUGAGAAACCUUAUGAAUGUAAACCAUGUGGAAAGGCUUUCACACAGAGGGGCCAUCUUGCUAAACAUCAGAGAAUCCACAGUGGUGAGAAACCUUAUGAAUGUAAACAAUGUGGAAAGGCUUUCACACAGAGGGGCCAUCUUGCUAAACAUCAGAGAAUCCACACUGGAGAGAAACCUUUUGAAUGUAAACAUUGUGGAAAGGCUUUCACAGAAAGGGGCUCUCUUACUACACAUCAGAGAAUCCACACUGGAGAGAAACCUUAUGAAUGUAAACAGUGUGGAAAAGUUUUCACACAGAGAGGCUCUCUUGCUACACAUCAGAGAAUCCACACUGGAGAGAAACCUUAUGCAUGUAAACCAUGUGGAAAGGCUUUUAAAUGGAAGGGCUCUCUUGCUGCACAUCAGAAAAUCCACACUGGAGAGAAACCUUAUGAAUGUAAACACUGUGGAAGAGCUUUCACACGGAGGGAUUCUCUUGCUGUACAUCAGAGAAUCCAUACUGGAGAGAAACCUUUUGAAUGUAAACAAUGUGGAAAGGCUUUCACUCAGAGGGGCUCUCUUGCUGCACAUCAGAAAGUCCAUACUGGAAAGACCUCAUGUAUAAAAUGAUGUGGAAACAUUUUCACUUAGCGAGGCUAUUGCAGCACAUUUGUCAGUCCACACUGGAGGGAGAGACAGUAUGAAUAUAAACAUUAUGGAAAGGUUUUCAGGGUGAGGAGUAAUUUUGCUAAGCAUCAGAUCAUCCACAUUGGAGCAAAACUGUAUCAAUGUCAUUUGUUUGGUUCCGCUUUCAUAUAAAGGUCCACAGUUGCUUCCUGUCAAAAAAUCUUCACUGGAGAGAAACCUCAUGAGUGCGACUGAUCUUAUAGUUGGCACUCUUAGCUUAUUUGACAUAAGAAGAUCCACACUAGCAAGAAACUUUAGGAAUAUGAUGAAUGGGAUAAGGCCUUCAGACAACAACUAUCUCUUAUUCCAAAUGAGAAUUCCCUUUGGAUAGAAAUUUUAUUACUGCCAUGAAUGAAAAAAGACAUUGAAAUGGAGAGUCCAGAGCUUGUUCAGUUUGAGAAAAUGCCUUCUGAACAGACCAGUUCCAGAUGAAUUCCCUGUGGGAAGACUUUCAUCCAGAGAUCAUAUCUCUUACUUCUUAUCAUAGGAUUCAUAGUACAGAAAAAUCUAACAAUUGCGCUCAAGUUGUAUGUGUUUUCCUCAGGAGGAUCACUAUUAUUUAGAGAAAUGUGAAUUGUAAUAAGUCUGAGGGACCACCCCACAUCUAUUAGAUUGGCGAUGAUGACAGAAAAGGAGAAAGGCAAAAGUUGGAUGCGAUGUAGGAAAUUGAGAUACUAAUGAACUAUGGGGGUAGUUGUGAACUGAUUCAACCAUUCUGGAGAGAGCAAUUUGGAACUAUGUCAAAAGGGCAUUAAGAAACCAAAAGUGUGUAUAUAUAUAUAUAAAUCACUUAAAGUUGCUCUUUUUGGGGAGAUGAAAGAUUUGGAAAGUAAGAGGAAGCUCAUGAAUUGGGAAAUGGCAGCAUAUGAUUAUAAUGGAAUACUAUUGUUUUAUAAUUAAUGAGGAGAAGGAGUACCUCAGAAAAACCUGGAAAGACUUGGAAUCUGAUGCAGAUUGAAUUUAGCAACAACAGGAGAACAUUGCACAUUGUGAUAGCAAUAUUGUAUGCAAAACUACCGUGAAUCGAGCAAUUCUCAGCAAUACAAAGAUAAAAAAUAAUCCCAAGGUAAUCAAUAAAAAAUUUCAUCUGUUUCCAGAGAAAGAACUGAUGGAAUCUGAAUCCAGACCAAAGAUAAAUUUUUUCACUUCUUAAAUUUUUGUUUUGUUUGUUUGGGUAUAGUUCUACAGAAGGAUCAUGAUGGAAAAAUGUUUUAAUAUGAUUCCAUUAGCAAAAUCUAUGUAAGAUUUCUUAACAUCUCUUGGACAUGGGGGAGAAAAUGUAAGUCUCAAAAUUUUUUUUAAAUGUUAGAUAUUGUUUUUACACAUAAGUGUCAAAAAUAAAAUAUGAAAUGAUGAAAGAGUAGAGUUGUAUGAUCAGUAGUGAACAGAAGGUAUAAAGGGACUGAUUACAGAAAGACUUCAACUUGAGCUCAUACUUUACGAUACACUGGAUACCUUAGGCAGAAGAUAAGAUUCAGUGUCUCUAAUUCACCAGGAAGGGCAUUUCGCUGUAGCACAAACUUCAUAGAUGUCCCACAGAGGAGCCCUCAUUAAACCCCAAAUUCCAUACUGUUUACAAAAUACUACAAGGAUAGGACUUCUUCUCUGAAAUUGUAGUGCUUGUCAUUCUUCCUCACGGUUUAUUGGCAUUCAUCUAUUACAGUUUUUUUAGCCAUUCUGUAGUUAAUUGGCACUUACUAGUUUCCUGUUUUUUGCUGGCACGUAUAGUUCUUUACCAAAGAAACAAAAUAAGAAUGCAUGGGGAAGAUGUGGAAGGGUUGGGAACCUGAUGGCUACUGUUCAGGCCAUUCUAUCCAAGCACUCUGACUCAUGUUGCAGUUGGCUGAUUUCUGGGGCUGUGCAGAAGUCCAACAACCCUUCUGAUGAAGUAAUGAGGGAGGAUUUUAGGUCAUUUAAAAUAUCAACCGAUGAGGACUCAGAGAACAUCCUACAGUUGAGCUGUCAGGCUAAAGAGAAACAGGACACAACUCCUUUCAUAAGCAAGAGGCAAGGCACCCUUUUUCCUGGGGACAGUGGUUAAGAAGACACAGUUUUUUGCUUAUGGAAAUUUCAUACUCCCAUUGAGAUACCAUAAUAUCCUUGGUGAAAUAGCCUCGUAUUCUUUAUUGGUUAAAAUCUGAGUGCUACACAAUAAAACAUGUCUAUAAGAUGAACAAAGUCCUAAUUGCUCCUCCCUCUGAUAAUUACUUUCCUUCUAAUCACAGAGUCAUUAUAAUGGAAACGGAGAUAAGAAUUUCACUUCUUCCUAUAACUCACAAGGAAACAAGGAGAUUGAAGCAGAUCUCUUCAAUUUUCUCCUUUCAAAUAUAGCCAAUUAAAUAUUUGCUGGGUUUUAACAUUAUCACUAUCAUACACUGUUAAAUGAGACAAUAUUACACAUUGUAUUAUAUUGUCAUAUUUUAAUAGAUCAUGGCUAAUUAUUAUAGAUCAUAACGUUACAAUCAACAUAAUUUCAUUAUAAUUUUACAAUAAUCAAAUAGAUUGUUUUAUUAUUUCCAAAAAGAAUAGCGAAAUAACUUCAGAAUGAAACAAUAUUUCAGAAUUAGAUUUAUAACUGAAAUUAGAAUUAAAAUGCAUGAAGCAGUAUUUGAUAUAAUUUAAACACAUCAUCACCAGGGCUGAUCAAAUUUAUGAUUUUUUUCAAACUUUUUUUCACCUUUAAAAUUGUUGUUUAUAAUCUAGCAACAUCCAGCUUGUAAGAGAAACUGCUUUUCUCCAGCAUAUCUUUACAAGGGUUUGCCAAAUUUUACAAUAACAAGUAUUAACAUUUAUACAGUUUGUCGUAAACCAAGUAGGCUGUUAAGGCUUUGGGGUGCUGAUAUUUCCAUAUUCCCCUUUAGACAGGUGAAAUCUCCUGGCUAGCAAAUUAUACAACCUGGCAGAAUUCUAUUUCCCAGCAUUGUAGCUCUUCCUCUCCUCAAAACUGUAGCUCUUUAGAAGAAAGACAAGAUCUCAUUUUAGCAAUACUGUAUUUCCUUUCAAAGAACUGCAUCCAUUUUUGUCCCCAUCCGAAGUCCUGAUCGUAUCUUUUGUGUCCAUUUCAUCCACUCCUACACCCACCGGCUCUUCAGGGAAGCAGCUUCACAUUUAACUUCCCCCCAGCUUCAGGAGCCAAAUAUUUCCAGCUGCAACUUUACAGAGCAGCCACAUGAAGUUUAGUAUAUGGAGAUUUUACCUGUCCUCUUCAUAGCUUGAGCUGAGCCUCCUUUAACAAUCACAUUCCACGUUGUUUAUGGAAGUACAGUCAUCCCUCGCUGUGUUGCAGUUCACUUAUCGCAGAUUUUUGUUUCGUGGAGUUACACUUAUCAUGGUGCACUAUUGGCUGAUGGAAUGAAAGGCGACUAAGCACAGUGCUGAGUUUUGUGUCCCAGGCCUUCCUCUUCUCCAGUUCAGCCCACAACAACUAAGAACAAACCUCUCUAUUCCUGUAUCUGAACGAGGGAUGUCAGUCUGUGCCCUGAGGCCCCCCUCUCAAGAUUAGGAACUUUUCCAAGUAAAAGCCCCCUCAGUGUUUGCUCUUCUCCUGUGGAAGUUCAGCUGCUGAGCACAGGGAAUGUCUUUACUUUGGUGUUGAUGUUCUCCAGGCUGUUUGUAUUUUCCUUAGCUCUGUCCUGGGCACGAGGAAGAAUUUCCUAAAUAAUUUCUAUGUAGAAAAGGCCCAGCCCCCUUCCCAUCCUUUACCAUCUGCUUCCUCCUUCCCACCUCUCUCAGCCCUCACACUCCCAACCUCCUGUGUUUAGAUCCUCAGUCACAUAGGAAAUAGCUGAACCAAGAUCCCCUCUGAUGUCCUGUGCUGAGAGAAGAAAGGAGGCGGCUGGUCAUCCUGAAGGUCAGCCAUUCAUCUUUCUUCUGUUCCCCAUGAGAGAUUCAUUCAGAGCACCUGGGUUCAAAUUCUGGCCUUGGCAUGUGUCUAUCUUUUCUGGGCCUCAGUGUGUUCUGUGAAACAAAGGGGUUAGCCCAGGUGACAUCCAACAUCCCUUUCAGGGGAAACUCAAUGAACACAGGAGAUAACCUGAGUCCACACACACACACACACACAGAGCCACUGGCACAUGAGUGUUAUAUGUUUGGGAACAAGCAUGGUACAACAGGAAGCAAGCCCACUGGGCUUGGACUCAUCAGUCCCUGGUUCAAAUCCUGUCUCUGCCACUUAUUAUUGCCACAGUUGUAGCAGGCAGGGGACAAGCUUGGAUAAUUUAAUAUGCUUUCACUAAGAUUUCAUUGUUUUGUUCACACACACUGAGGGUCAACAGCUGUUGCAAUAGCAAGAAUGGGUCUGAGACCACAGGAAGGGAAAUAUGCAUGGAAUCAGGAGGCUGUGAGGUAGCAUUGCCCCUGAAACACUUAAGUGUCUGUGCGACCCUGGGAAGUCACUUCUUCUCUGCCUCACUUUCCCCAUUUCCAAACCAGGGCAUCUACCUGUUGUGAGAGGAUUCCCAGCUGGGUGUGGCAAGGCUUACUCAGCCCAAGAAUGGGUGACUCACAACAAAUCUUAGAAAUGUUAUUCUAUUUGAGAGAUGUUCUAAGAGUAAUGUCAUUAAGAAAAAGGAUUAAAUGGUGGGGAGGCAGAGUGAAGGUGGGAAACUCCCUGCAGGGGCAGGGGGAUCAAGCUUAUAUACACUGGAGCCAAAGAGGGGAUUGCAUGACAAAGGGGAAUUAGAGAAUGUGAGGAGGAAGAACAAGUCGGGGGAUCCUGAGGUUUGACUGAUGAUGUCUCAGGAACCUCUACAUAUGACACCUCAAGAUUUGGGGUGCAGCCAAAAUGGCACCUGUUGUCAGUGAUAUGUCUGUGGGGAGAAAUCUUGGUGUUGGAGAUGUGAUCCAGAAAGGUGCGUAUGAAAAGGCAGCUUUCAAAGGGAGAAAUGCAAAUUGCCAACUAGUACAUGAGUAAAAAAUAAGUUUUUUUCUUUUUCACCUUGAAAAAGGAAGAUCAGUCAGGGAGAAUAUAAAUGCAAUUAAAAAAAAAACAAGCUUAAACAAAAGUGUUAGGAAUCAAUACUAGAUAAUAGCCAACUAAGUUGGCUCUGGGCUCCAUCUUGUCCCCAUGCAGCUGACAAAAAUGAUGGAGGAAAAUCAAUGUUGGAAGAGUUUGGGGAAAUUAGACAUUUUUAGUAACUAACUGGUAGUGAAACUGUGAUAUGUAAGGGUUAAAUUUAAUGGUUGGACAAUAAUUUUUAUUAAAUUAGGUAGUUGACAAUAUUAUAUUUCAAGUCAGAAAUUUAUUUACAAAUAUUUACAAAAUGGAGAGGAAACAAUAAAGUAGAGAGAUGUAAAGAGGUUAGAAAGGUUAUCUAUCAACUUAAAUGUUUACUCCAGGUCGGCUUAGUCCAGGUAGAGAUUAAUUAGUUCUCAACCAGGAAGACUGGUAGUGAGUAACCACACAGCCUCAUCCAAGAUGGAAGCUAGUCUCUUAAGAAACUAGGAAAGGAGUUAAACUUUCACUCACCCAAUGAAGUAGUCCAGGAGACAGUAUCUAAGUUGAAGCCAAGCUCAAAGCCCAUGAUCCAAGCCAAAGUCUCCAGCAAAACUCCCUUGAAGAUUCUCCCCAGUCAGAAGACUAUCUCUAGAAGAUAAUCUCUUCAGACUAUCUUCUCAAAGACAAUCUGCUCUGAAGGAGUUUGGGACUUGCUUUUAUGGUGACUUCUUGUCUCUGACCUGUUUCACAAGGACCAAUCACAGUUCCCAAAUUGUCUAGUACUGCCCAGGAGGCAGUGUCUGGGAUCAACUUCUCACCUUCUGAAGCUUAAGUUCUGAUCAAAAAGAUUCAAAGCUUAGGGUGUGAAUUUUCUAAGUAUCUUGCUAGCUUCUCAGUACUAAAUAGGGUAUUCAAUCUUUUGUUGAUUCAAUUUAAAAGUAGACAAAGGAGAGUUAAUUCUGUUUUUGGUCUACUGAGUUACUAAAUAGGGGUACUUACUUAGUGUUAACUCAAGAUAGACAAUAAAGAAUUCUCUUUCACAGACAUCACCCCCAAAUCAUGAAAAUAGCUGUUCUCUGACUCAGUGAUAAAAGCAGCAGUCAUAUUCCCUUGAAGAAAGGGGGGGGGGCGGAAAUCAACUUUACAAAAAAGUUGGUACCAUCUCCUUUUGUCUCAUCAAUGAACUGGUAAGUGAGGGAUGUCCCACAUGGAGCAACAACUGAAAUUGUGGUAUAUGGAUGUUAUGAAAAAAACGUCUAUCUCCUAAAACACAGUUUCAGUAACAUCUGUGAAGUGCUUUAUGAACUAAUGCAGAUUUCAUCAAGUAAAUGAUAAGUCACAUUGUGAAGGCAAACAAUUUGGAAAGAUGCCACACUUCUUAUUAUUUUAAUGAUUCACCGGUAUACUAGGGACUUAUCUGGAUCUAUGUAAUCUGCCUCAUGACAGAGAGGAGGACACCAGAUGUAGAAUGAAAAGUACACUUUGGGAACUGGAUAGUGUGAGAAUUUUUUUUCCUUGUCUGUCAUUUUCCUACAAAUAUUUUAUUUGCUGAUUUUUUUUCAACUUUGGUUAGGCCUUGAUAGCAGCAUGAGGGAGACUAGGAAUAGAAUUCCUCCCUCCCACUCUCUAAGCCAUAAUAAUCAGGAAGGAAAUUAAUGGAUAAUAAAACUAUUAGGGCAUUUAAUUAUGCAGUGGUUAGAGUACUGGGCCUAAAGUCAGGAAGACUGAUUUUCAUAAGUUCAAAUUUAGUCUCAGAAAUUUAUUUGCUGUGUGACUCUAGGUAAGACACUUAAUUCUGCUUGCCUCUUUUCCUCAUCUGUGAAAUGAGCUAGAGAAGGAAAUGGUAGACCUCUUUAGAAAAUCCCAAGUGGGGUCACAAUAAUUGGACAUGACUCAAGUAAUUAAACAAUAAUGAACACAAUCCACCCAAAGGAAUGGGAAGAGCUUUGAGAGUACUAUGAUGAAUGCUUUAUUACUAAAAAAAAGAAAUCAAACUUGGCAUAUUAAAACUUGUUUCAUGUACCAUGCCUUUUCCCCCCCUAUUUUAUGGGUUUUUUUAAGAUACUUGUUUUGUUUUAAGUUUGUGAUUUUCAGAUUUAAAAAAUCAAUCACAGACUUCUUUUUUGGUCACUUCCCCACCAAUUUUGGAGGCAAAAUUAUUUUCAUAGUAACCUAAGUGUUUGGUAAACCCAAAGAUUCAAGCUUUUGGAGGAAAAAUUCAUUAUUUAAUUAAAACUUCUGGGGAAAGUAGGAAAUAAUAUGGCAGAAACUAGGCAUAGGCCAACAUCUAAUAUUAUAUACCAAUACAAAAGUAAAAAUAGAUACUUGAUCUCGAAAUGGAGAGUGAUGUCGUAAAUAAAUUAGGGAAAUGCUGAAUAGAAUAGCUGCCAGACUUAUGAUUACAGAAGAAUUUGUGACCAAAGAAGACAAAGAGAAUAUGACAAAAAUUGAAAGAGAUAAAUCUGAUUGCAUUAAAUUAAAAAGAGGUUGUAUAAAUAAAAUCUAUGCAACCAAGAUUAGAAGGGAAACAAAAAAUAUGGGGGAAAAUUUUAUACCAAGUGUCUCAUUUCACAAAGAUAAAGAGAAUAGACUCAUUUAUAAAAUUACAACUCAUUCCCCAAUUUAUAAAUGGUCAAAUUAUAUAAACAGGCAGUUCUUGAUGAAGAAAUUAAAAUUCUCCAUAAUCAUAUGAAAAGAUGCCCCAAACCAUGAUUGAUUAGAGAAAUGAAAAUUGAAAUGCCUCUGAGAUAGCAGUACCUUACACCUGUUAGAUUGGUUAUUAUAACCAAAAGAGGAAAAUGACAAGUUUAGAAGAGGGUAUGCAAAAAUUGAGACUAAUUCACUGGUGGUGAAACUCUGAACUGAUGUAACAAUUCUAGAGAGAAAUCUGGAACCAUACCCAAAGAGUCAUAAAACUAUGACCUUUGACCAGUGUUAAAUUUUCAUUGGUUGGACUUAAUAUUUAAAUUGGUGGUUGCCAGGGAUUUAAUUUCUAAGUCCCAAAAUGAAUUACUAAAGUAAAAUGGAAUUAUGGUAGUUUAUUUUUUAAUAGAGGGAAAGAUAUUAAGGAAGUGAUAAAAGGGGAGAGAGAGAAAGAGAGAAAGCUCCCCCUUUCUCUGAGCCAGGUAGAAAUUUUAAGCUCCAGUUAGGGGAAAAGAAGUCUCAAGAGGAUGGGCCUUUCUUGGAGGUUCACACCUCCAGAAAGGCAAGGAAACUAGGUCAGCCUUUCACUCACCAUGGUGACCAUCUAAAAGGGAAGCAGUCUGAGGUCUCCUGCACGAGCUCCUCCAGGGGUCCAGUUCCACAACCAAGUGUCUUUAUUCCAAGUCUGAGUAUCUGUCUUCCUGUCUCCUCCACGUGACUCUUCUAUAUUCUUGAUUUCCCUUGUGUGUCUCUGUUUCCUCUAUUUAAAGACCUUUUUCUCUUGUGUCACCUCCCCUAAAUUUUACAUCUACCAAUCACAGCAGAUGCUCCUCUCCAGGACUGCCCACUCAGUGUAUGAAAUGGCUGUUCAUACCUUUUUUAGUUAGUUAUACCUUUUCUGAUUAGUUAACACCUUUUUUGGUUAGUUCACCUUUUGUAAUUAGUUAACACCUUUUUGUAGUUAAAACAGGUAGAUCUACUUUAAAUACUGAGUUAACACUUUGGGGAUUAAAAUCUAAAAAUAUACAGGGGAUUACAAUUUAAUCUUCACAAUCAAGGAUGAGCUAAAUUCCUUCAUGGUUACAAUCAGGAAAGCCAAAUCCAAUCUUCACACCAGUAAUACCACUACACAUCUAUAUCCCAAAGAGAUUCAAAAGGGGGAGGGGAGGAGAGAUAUACCUGUACCAAAACAAUUUUAGUAGCUUUUUUCAUGUUGGCAAAGAAUUGGAAACAGAAGUCCAUCAAUUGGAGAAUGGCUAAACGAGAUAGAAGCUUGUAACAGUAUACGAUUGUGCCAUAUAAAAUGAAAACAGGAUGAUUCCAGAAAAACAUGGAAAGACUUCUAUGAAGAGAUGCAGAGCGAAGGCCAGGUGCCCAGAGAGGGCUCAUGGGGGUUGGAAUGUACUUUGUCAAAGAUGACCUGAAAAGAAGCCCAGGUCAGAAGUGUUCUGACCACCCCAUGACCUAUAAGUUGCAACAAGAAUGGCUCCCUAGAGUGGCUGAACAAGUUGUGGUAUAUGAUAGUCAUGGAAAAUUCUUGUGCUAUCAAGAAUGAUGAAUCUGUGGAUUUCUAUACCCACUGGAAAGAUUUCCAUGAAUGAAAAAUGCGGAACCUGGAGAUCAUUGUAUAUGGAAACAGAAACAUUAUGGGAUGAGCAAAGGUAAUUGACUUUGCUAUUAAUUUCAAUACAAUGAUCCAGGACUGUUUUGGGGGAGUUAUGAGAAAGAAUGCUGUCCACAUCUGGAGAAAGAACUGUGGGAGUGGAAAUAGAAGGAACCAUGUGAUUGAUUUAUCACUUGUUUCUAUGGGUAUGUGGCUUGGAGUUUUGGUUUUAAAGGAUUAUUCUUUUUGAAAAAUGAAUAAUGUGGAAAUGGGUUCAAGUGAUUAAGUGUGUGUGUGUGUGUGUGUGUGUGUGUGUGUGUGUGUGUGUGUGUGUGUGUGUAUAACCCAGUGAAAUUUCUUGUCAGUCUGGGAGGGGGGAGUUGUGAGGGGAGGGAGAAAACAUGAAUCAUGUAACUAUAGAAAAAAAUUUAAAAAUAUUUUAAAAAGAAUGACUCCCUAUAAGUCUCCCAAACCUCUGAAAAUUCAUCUUUUUGCCUUUAAACACCUGCCAAUGUCAAUUGUGAGUCUUGGAUUCAACCGGAGAAUCUGCAGACAUUUAGCCCUGUGAUCUCUACUCACUAUCAAGCCGGAUCUUUACCCGGCAGGGACAUCUAGCAUUUUAUGCUUCACAUGAUUGCACAUGUAAAAUCUGUAUAAGAUUGUUUACCAUCACUUGGCGACAGGGAGAAAAUUCAAGACUCAAAUGUUUUUUAAAAUAAAUUGGAAAAAAUAAAAUAUCAAAUGAGGGAGGAAAGGAGGAGUGUGCUCAGUAGAGAAAAUAUUCUUAGUGCAGCGAAAGCUCUACGAGCACUGGCCAGAGCGAAGGCUUCACCUCAGCUUCCUACUGGACUAUACAUUGGAGAAGUCAUGCUGGAAGCCACACUUGAGGUGUCUGAUUCACAGGAAAGAGCUCUUGCUGCAGCCCAGACUCAUUCGGUCUUCCUAGAGAGGAAACAUCAUUAAACAUCCCAAAUUUCAUAAUGUGCAUAAAAUACGACAAUGAUAAAUAAUUUUUUCUCUGAAAUCCUGUUUGUCAUUCUUCCUCAAUAUUUCACGGCAUUCACAUAUAAUUUCUUCAAUCAUUCAGUAAAAUAUUAGUUUAUUUUACAAUGACCUUUCUUCUGCUCACAAAUAUCCUGAUAAAGUCAAUAGGCUAAAACCUAAGGACAGUCGAGUCACUUUCCUUUGGAUUCCAAUGGAUAUUUAGAACAAGUAAGUGAAGACUUGGUUGUUAUAGGUUUGAGCUCUUCAUUUGCAACCAAGGAAACCAAUUCAAAUCCUGACUCAGAUGCCCCUUAGCUCUCUAAACUCGAAAGGAGGAAUAACCUCUCUGUGCCUCAGUUUAUUCAUCUCUAAAGUGAAGAGGUUGGACUCAGUGGCUUCCAUGGUCCAUUCCAACUCUAAUUCUGUGUUCUCUUAGGAGUAUAUUCACAUGUAUCUUUCCCAUAGCCUCAUCCAGUAUUCCAGGAAGAAGGCCACAAGUCUGAAGCUCCUAGAAAGCCCUCUUUAGAAAUAAAGAUCUUGAGAAAUUAAAGGGAUCAGGAGUGGAAUAUGGAAAAGAAAAUGAAUAUUAGGAUCUCAUGUUCAAUCAAUCCCCAAACCUCCACUACUAGGCCAGGACUUACUAACCAUUUCAAAAUGGCGGAAACAUUGGAAAGUAGUCUGGCAGAAAAUAGAUGUGGAUCAUUAUUGGAUUUCUUCACCUGAAAACUACCUAUUCAUAUUCUUUAACCAUUUGUCAUUUGGGGAAUGGCUUGUAUUCACAUGAAUUUGACUUUGUUCUUUCUCUAUUUGAGGAAUGAGCCCUUUAUCCGAGAAAUUUGGUAUAAAACCUUCCCCCCCAUUUACUGUUUCCCUUCUAAUCUUGCUGAUGUUGAUUAAUGAUCCAUUUUACACCUCAGAAUGUUCUCCCUCAUUUGGUCAUCAGUUCUUCCCUUCUGCACAGAUCUGACCGGUAGGCCAUUCUGCGUCCCUGAAGUUCCUUAGAGCAUCGCCUUGUAUGUGGCAGUCAGAUACCCUUUGGGACUCCCUCUCGACAUGGGCCGGGAGCUCUUCUGCCAUGCUGUGCUCUGCUUUUGCCAGCAGUUUUUGUCCAAUAGUGGAUUCUUAACGGAAAAGCUGGAUCUUUGGGUUGAGCAAACGCUUGAUGACGAAGGUCUCUGACUCCUCUGCUCCCUGGGUCGGUCAUUCUGUGUCCUCGCCAGUGCCGGCUUGUCUGGAAGAUGACGGCUUUCCAAUAAAUCCCCUCUUUGAUCCGCCAUCGCCAUCGCUCUGCCGUGACCCCUCACUGCCUUUCAUUGAUUUCCUGGACCUUCUUGAUCUUUUGUUCUCCCAGACAAGUUCUGUGAUGAUUUUUUCUAGCUGGUAGUUUCAACGGUGACACUGAACAGGUCGAUUGGUUUGGGCAGGACGUUAGCUCGGCCCAUCCAUGAGCAACGGUUUUUCCUGUUGUUGAGCUCUGAUCGUGUCUGUGUGAAAAAUGUUUUGUAACUGGGUUUGCUUGGCUCCCAGAUUGUUCUAUAUCCUAGACUGUCUGCGAUGGUUUUAAAUGGUGUUUCUCCUUCUAGCUCUUGUUCCUGGGCUUUGUUGGGCAUAUAGAGAAAGGCUGACAAUCCCACUGGCUUUAUUUUGUAACCGGCAACUUUGCUAAAGUUGUUACUUAUUUCCGUUAGUUUCUUAGUUGAUUUUUUAGGCCUCAGGCUUUAGCGCCCAGAGGCCCAGGAGACCCCAGGAAGCAGCUCUGUCCCCCCCUCCCCCAUCCUCUCUGGACCAGCUUCCCCCCAGCCCCGGCUCAGGCUCUUACUGUCUGGAUCUCACCAUGGGGGAAACUGAGGCAAAGGCUGGGAAGGGCCUUGGCCAGGCUCCCCAAGCUGGGCCGUGUCUGAGGCCAGGUUUGAGCUCAGAUCUUGGGGGUUCCAGGCCCAGGAGGGCAGCUCCGGCUCGAUUUCUCCUCUAGGGAGAGGGUUGCCCCUGGGGCACCCCCAGAGCAGAAGGAGUAGCAGGAAGUUCAGAGAGAUCUCUGGAGGAGGGGAAGCUCUGGGAGGAGAGCUUUGAGCCUAGGCCCUGGAGGGUCAGUGGCUGCCCUGUGCCUCAGUUUCCUUCUCUGUCAGAAGGGGGAUCCUAGCAUCCCCUCCUCAGGUCCUGGGGAGGAUGGAUCCAUUCCCUGAUCAGUCAAUCAGUAGGCAUUUAUUAGGCACCUGCUGUAUGCCAGACUCUAGUCUGAGGCAGCCUCCAGUGGAAAGUAGCAGCUGGGCAGUUCAGUGGAGUCAGGUCCAGAGACGGGAGGUCCUGGGUUCAAAUGUGACCUCAGACACUUCCUAGCUGUGUGACCCUGGGCAAGUCACUUGAUCCCCAGGCCUAGCCCUGCCCCCUCUUCUGCCUUAGAGCCAAUGCCCAGGGUUCAUCCUAAGGUGGAAGGAGAGGGUUUAAAAGAAAGCAUCAGGGCAGGGCUGGAAGGGGAAAUGGGGGUUGGGGCAGACAGCUGCAGUUCCUUUAUAGUCCCUCCCCCAGGAGGCCUCUAGCUCCAGGGAUCCAAGCAGCCGGACUCCAUUUCCCAGAAGACCGCUGUGAUGACAUCAUGCAAGUCUUUGGCCCGCCCCCAGGGCGGACUCCACUUCCCACAAUACCUGUUCUCUAGGCAUGCUGGGAAUCUUAGGUGGGCCGGUCCUCCGCUGGGCUUCUCGGGCCUUUGCGGCGUGCGAGGGGGAGGAUUGGGGGGCCCCCGCUCUGGCAGCUGAGGCUUUCCCUAACUCCUGGGGAGCGGGAAGACCUCGGAGGACCCAUUUCGGGCGCCCACCGAGGACGUCUCCCCCCUCGGGGCUGCCACCUCCUGAAGCACCCCAGGGUGGCCCCGCAGAGAGCCCGCAGCCAGAGGAAUGGCCCCCGUGACCCCGAGGCCCCCCUCCCAGACUAAGGAACUCUGAGCGGAAGAUCCAGACUUGUCAUUGUGUUAGUGAAAGCUGGAGGCGGCCCCUCCCCCAGCCUGGAGCCUAUUCUGGAGAGCUGCUCACAGACAACCAGAAUGGUAAGAACCGCAGAGGGGUUUGGGCAGGAGGGUUUGGAACACGUGAUACAGAGUGCAAAGUUCAGCCCGAGGUCAGAGAAGAGAAUGGACUGAGUCGUGCAGAGGAGCCUCUCGUGGGCAGAAACCUGCGAAGGGUCCUGACCAGCCGAGGCUGUGUGGCCUCCUCAGGCCGUCUCUGUGCUCUGCGUUCCCGGACAGCGACACAGACCUGAAGCUGCUGACAUUCUAAUGCACCAACCUCCACCCCUUCCAGCGCUGCAGCCUUUAUUCCACUCUUGACAGACACACUCGGUAGAAUGACUGGUUCCUGAUCACUAAUGUAAAGGCACUGAAAGGACUUUCCUCUCACUGUGUACGAGAUCCGUUGGAGGACGUCAGACAGAGGGCGGGUCCAUGGAGGCCUUGUAGAGACUUUCGCCCAGACCUGGAGGAAUCCUCAGGCGCAGAGGCUGGGGGGACAGUAGUGAAGGCCGGGAAGAUGCACGGCCAGGAACAAGGAAGUCCCCGGUCGCUGCAUUCAGAGUAGGGAAGGGAAUAAGGGGAGAGGGAAGCUGCUGGGCGGGGGGGGGGGGGGGGGGGGGGGAGGGGGGGGGGGGACCAGCCUUGCAGGUGGCUGCCCAGCCCCGGGGUGCGUUAGGUGCCUAGGAGGAGUCUAGGCUGAGGAGGGCUCACUCUGGUGCCAGUGACAUUGCAGAGGGCAGAGUUUGGGGCAGAGUCUGGAGGUCCUGGCCUUGGGCGCCACUGGAGGACAGCCCAGAUCUCGGGCUGUCAGAGGCAGGGCAGGUGGGGCACUGGGGGCCACCAGGAACCAGCCAGAGUAGACAAGUUCUGAACAAGCAGCUUCUGCCUUCCUUGGGACUGAGGUGUCUGCGUCCUUCUCGGAGCCCAGGUUUCUCUGCUUUCCUUCAGGCCUGACACCCUCCUGCCUUCUGCUUCUGGCUCUGCCCUUUGCGCCCAGCUUUAUCUUUCCUGCCUGAACUCUGAUGUCCGUCAGGCGUGUCAGGAGCAAUUCUGCGUCCCAGACCAGGCUGCAGGGGCUGCUCUCUGCCCUGCUCCUGUUGUGGGAGAGGAAAUGCUGGUUCUGGCCCAAAGAAUGUUGACAUAAAGGUGUCUAUCAAAGGAUGUUACAUAUAGUGUAGUCAUGGGGAUGGAAAAAGCUAUUGCAGGGUGUGGAAUAAGCCCUCAGAUGAUUGUAGAGGACAGUGGAAUGUCCCCUGUGGGGUUUCAGGUUUCUAGAAUGUAAUGAGGUUCUGAGGAAUUGUGUCUCCCCAUGCUUGGAAACUCUCAGCCUUUCCUCAGGCUAUUCCUCCCCUGGAUGUCCACGUGGCAUUCCAUGAUGGAAAAUAGGAAGUGGGUCAGGAAGGGGUGAAAUGGAAGAGUUUCCAAUCCCAAGUAUACCCUGUGUUUUCCAUAGAGCACAUGGGAAAGUAGGAGAGCCCUGCCAAGAGGCGUGUGAUUGUCUGAUCUGGCCACUGCCUUGUCCCUUAUUCCUCAGUCAGCCUCUUCACUUCUUGACCCUUGACCCCAGGUUUCCAUAGUUACAGGGCAAGGCUUCCAUCCUUUGUUUCUCGUAAAUGAACUGUUUCUGAAAAUUAAGGUUGGAUUGUGGUAUUUUUGUGGAAUAAAUUUCUCUUUAACUUGGC